AUGUUAAUAAAUCAUCAAAAACAACAACAACUAAUAAAAAGAUUUGUUUAUACAAAUGAUUCAAGACGUUGGUUAUUUUGGUUAAUUUUAAUACCAAUAUUUUUAAUAUUAUUAGGUUUAUGUUGUUGGAGAAGAAGAAAAAAUCAAAGAAAAGUUGUACCAAUUUAUAAUAAUCCUCAACAACCAUUACCACCACCAAAUGGUGUAUAUUAUCAUCCUCAUCAACCACCACCACCAAUGCCAAUGAAUAAUUAUGGACCUCCACCACCUCAACAACAAUAUGGUAGUUAUAUUCCUCCACCUUAUCCUGCUAAUGAAUAUAAUAAUCAAGGAAGUAGUACUGGUGGUACUGGUGGUUAUAUGCCACAAUCUAGAGAUUAUAAAAAUGAUUAUAAUUCACCUGAUGGUCCUCCACCUGCUCAUACUAGAUAG